GUCCCCAGCCGGGGACAAGGAGUGUCCCUAUUUCUGUCCCUCCUCCCCAGGGGACAAGGGCACCAGCUCUGGAUCGCGUUUGGCUUCCAGGCCCCAUGGGAGUCCUCUUGGCUUCUGGCGAUCUAGCCAGCUGCAGGCUCCUUCAUUUAGCCUUGGCCCGGUGAUCCGGCCACUUGCCCCCCAUAUGGGUCUUCCUCAAGUACUGGACCUGGCGGCUAACCUCCCCGCUUCGCAGUGAGGAUGCUGGCUAAGCCCCUUGAGGGCCGCUAGUCGGCUGACGCCUUCCCAUCAUCCCCAUGUGCCCAGAAGGCCAGGUGGCAUCUCCCAGGAUGCACUGGGAAAGAAUCACCUAGCAAGCUCAGCUGAGUGCAGCACAAAGCAUUGUGGGAUGUGCUCCCCAGAAGCCCUGGCAUUGCAACCCACCUGCCUGGGGGAAGGCAGCACCAGAGGACGUGGUGACUUGGACAGAGCUUGGCAGGGGGGCUGCUCACGCUGGAGCAGACGUACCCUCACUCAUCCUCCACAUCUCUGCCUCUAUAACUAGACUUGGUGGCCUUGGUCUGGAUGGGGGCACUAGAUAAGCUGGGCCAGGGGAGCAUUCCGAAAGGCUUGUGGCAGGCUGAUUAGUGUCAUGGAUUGGAAAACCAGAGGGGACCAUCCAUAGAUCCCUAGAUGGUUGGCCAAAAGUAACCAUGAUGGUUGUCCAGCCUGCCCUUCCUGUGUAGCCCAGGCUGGAGAGCAUCGUCGUGGGACUUUCAUAGAGGAGGGCUCGUUUCCCGUUUUACAGAUGGGAAAACUGAGGUACAGAGAGGGAAAUGGACUUGCCCAAGGCAUCCCAGUAGCAGAGCCAGGAAUAGAACCCAGGACUCCUGGUGUUCUAUCCAGUAGGCCGCACUGUCUCCGUAAAGAAAGACAACCCCGUCUCCAUGUAAUGGAAAAUCCAUCCCAUCCCUUGGUGCCAGGAAGGAGGAGGAGAAUCCCCAGCAGGAGCCACACAGGCCAUCGCAGAGCCCCGAGCAGGGAGAGGCCAACAGGGUGGGAUGGCAGAGGGGAGACCUCCAAGGGGUGGAAAAUGGAUUUGGGCUUCUCAAUAGCAUGUCUGUCCCCCAGAGACUGACCAUCUGUGGGCAAUGUGGGAAGAGCUUUAGCCAGUAUUCAGAUCUUAUUAAGCACCAGCGGAUCCACACGGGGGAGAGACCCUACAGCUGCUCCCAGUGCGGGAAGAGCUUCAGCCAGAGCUCCCACCUCACCAAGCACCAGCGGAUCCACACCGGUGAGAGGCCCUACAAAUGCCCUGACUGCGGGAAGGGCUUCAACGACAGCUCCUACCUCCUGCAGCACCGCCGCACCCACACGGGCGAGCGGCCUUACGAAUGCCUGGAUUGUGGGAAAAGCUUCGGAGACAAGUCAGGCCUUACCCGCCACCAGAAGGUGCAUCACGGUGAGAGACCCUACAAAUGCCCUGACUGCGGGAAGAGCUUCAGCGACAGCUCCUACCUCAUCCAGCACCAGCGCAUCCACACGGGCGAGCGGCCCUACAAAUGCACCGAGUGCGGGAAGAGCUUCAGCCGGAAUUCGCACCUGGUUCAGCACCAGCGGGUCCACACGGGGGAACGCCCCUACAAGUGCGCUGAUUGCGGGAUGAGCUUCAGCCACAGCUCCACCCUGAUUGGGCACCAGAGGACCCACCGUGGCGAUAAGCCCUACAAAUGCCCCCAGUGCAGGAAAAGCUUCCGGCACAAGUCAACCCUGGUGAAGCACCAGCGGACCCACACCGGGGAGCGGCCCUACAGCUGCCCCAAGUGUGGGAAGAGCUUCAGCUGGGGCUCAGCUUUCAUCAAGCACCAGCGCACCCACACGGGGGAGCGACCCUACCAAUGCACCCAGUGUGGGAAGGGCUUUGGGGACAGCUCGGCCCUGAUCCAGCACCAGCGCAUCCACACCGGGGAGCGGCCCUACAAGUGCUCCGAGUGUGGGAAGGGCUUUGGUGACAGCUCCACCCUGAAUCAGCACCAGCGCACCCAUUCGGCAGAGAAACCCUACAAAUGCCCAGAGUGUGGGAGGAGCUUCAUCCUCAGCUCCCACCUUGUCCGGCACCAAAGGGUCCAUGUGGCCUAGAGUCCCCAUGUGAGGACAGUUCUGUUCACUGUUCACAUCUCUUUAGGGACCUUAGAAACCAGGCCUCCUUAGAAGCCAGAGACCAGGUCUCUUUAGGGACCAGGCCUCCUUAGAAACCAAGGACCUUAGAGACCAGAGACCUGACAUAGUUUUUCCCCUGGGGCAAGGCACAGCCCAUUGCGAUAUGGAUGCAGGGUGUGUAUGGGGGGAAGCGGGGACGGGAAUGACUGAGGGGCCCAUGGGUGGAAAUUAGUUGAAGUGAGGAAGGAAGUGAACGUGGGGGUCCCUUCUGGCCCAGUCAAGAUGGGGCUAUUAGAAAUGCUUAGAGGCCACACGGCAGGGUUCUCACCCUGGAAUCGCUGCCCCAGAAAGGGGGUCUUGGUAACCCUACCCCUUCCUUGUUGCUAAGGGGGGGGGGGGAUUUCCCGGCUAUAAGGCAGUGGGAUCCUGGUAGGGAAAAGGUGAGAAUCCCCGUAAUAGUGAGGGAGUGAUCUCUGAAGGACUUGGGGGCUUUUGUCUGUGCCCGCUCCUAGGUGGGGUUGGGGGGGACCUGUUCCUUCGUUCCCCUGGAACUCCACAGCUCUGGGCCUCACUCUCUGCUCCUUCCCCUCUCCCAGGGGCUGGGGGGGGGUAUAGGGGGCCAUGGGGAGGGGUGCGUGAGACUGCUGGAAACUGGAGGAGGCUGCUCUCAGAGGCCAGACAGACGUAUGCUCCCAUACGGGGGGGAGGGAGUGCCUGAUCUCCUUCUCCCUGGUGGCGUCUCCAGAGCCUGGCUCCUCUUUCCACGGUGCACAGAGUCCACUGGCACCUGGAGAACAUCCGUUCCUGUGCUUGGUGCAGCUGGCAUCCAGCCAGCCCCACCCUUGGCUCUCGGUUCCCAUCAGGCCCCUGGAUCCCACCCUCCUGCUGUUUUUGGUGAUGACCCAGUCUCCUGUGGUGUUAGUCAAUUGUAUCUGUAGGAAAUAAACUUCCCCACCAGGA